AUGUCGGGCGCUGCUGGCGGAGGCUCCUCUUGUCUGGGCGCAGCAGCAGGAGCUAGCUGCAGCUCCGCCGGUGUUCACGCUGCGGCAUCCGGGGGAGGAGCAGGAGUGGCUGGGAGGCUACCUGCUCGGGUCCUGGAACACAUUUUCUCGUAUUUAGACCUGGCAGAUUUGACACGGUGUGCUUUGGUGUGCUGGCAUUGGAGCAACAUUCUGGCGGAUGAAAAUAGCGAGGUGUGGCGCAGCCUGGGUGCUCGAACUCUUAGUGAAGAAGCUCUGCGAUCUGACAUUCUGUGUAAUCUCCCGUCAUACAAGGGCAAGCUCAAAUCCUUCCAACACGCUCUGAGCUCCCAUGACUGCUCUCGCAAUGUGUACGUGAAGAAGAAUGGAUUCACCCUGCACCGCAACCCCAUCGCACAGAGCACAGAUGGAGCGCGGGGAAAGAUCGGCUUCACGGAAGGGCGACACGCUUGGGAGAUCUGGUGGGAAGGUCCUCUGGGCACAGUGGCAGUGAUCGGCAUCGCCACCAAGCGGGCGUCCAUGCAGUGCCAAGGCUAUGUGGCACUUCUGGGCAGUGAUGACCAGAGCUGGGGCUGGAACCUGGUUGACAACAACCUUCUCCACAAUGGGGAGGUGAACGGGAACUUUCCACAAUGUAACAAUGCGCCCAAAUAUCAGAUCGGAGAGAGGAUACGGGUGAUUCUCGACAUGGAUGAUAAGACAUUAGCCUUCGAGAGGGGUUUUGAGUUUUUGGGAGUUGCAUUUCGGGGACUCCCAAAGGCCUGCCUGUUCCCUGCUGUCUCCGCGGUCUACGGCAACACUGAGGUCACCAUGGUGUACUUGGGGAAGCCACUGGAUGGCUAG